AUGUACUCCGACGGACACGAGGUCGACGGCAGCUGGGUGCUGCGCGUCUUCGUGACCGAUCUCCAGGUCGAGAGAAGCCUCCGGGUUAAGGGGGAACUUCACAUCGGUGGCGUCAUGCUUCGUCUCGUCGAAGACCUUGACAUCGCGAUGGACUGGUCCGAUCACGCGUUGUGGUGGCCAGCUCGGAACGAUUGGCUAACCAGAACUAAGAGCACCCUGGAUCAGUACGGAGUUGCAGCCGAUGCUGUGCUCCACUUCACCCCCAUGCACAAGACUCUUAGGGUUCAGUUACCGGAUCUUCGUUGCCUCGACUGCAGAGUCGACUUCUCUGUCAAGACAUUCAACGCCGUCAUCAAUCUCUGCAAGGAGUUAGGCAUCAGACACCCUGAGGAGUUAUCGUUCUGCAAACCGCUCGAGCCCAAUCACUUGAAGUACAACUUGAAGGAUCUUCCUGUGAAGAAGAAAAUUGAAAUACAGAAAAAUGGCCAGUGGAACGUGUCUCCGGAUACCAACACUUUCAUUCCGGCUACGCAGAGUCCGAGUGGCUCUACCGGCAGUCUCGACCAGAGCAGUCCGUUCAUGUGCGCUCCGGUGACGCCGAAUAAUAAGAAUCACAGCACACCCAUAAGCUCGCCAGUCUCCCAGACUGGAACCUGGAAGCGUAACAACAACUCAUCCGGCUUUGGUAGCAACGGUUCCUUCAAUGCCAACAACAGUACGAUGAGUUUAGAGGCAUUGAACGGUGGUCUGAGCGAUUCUCUGGCGCACAGUCCAUCCUUCGUGUCUCCCGAGACGCGGUCACAAGUUAUCAGACCAAAGACCCUGGUGGAACGAGCCAGGAUGAACGUCGCCUGGCUGGAUUCUUCGCUGUCUAUAAUGGAGCAGGGAAUCAGAGAGUUCGAUACUCUAAGGCUAAAGUUCAAAUUCUACUCGUUUUACGAUCUGAACCCAAAAACCGACGCUGUACGCAUCAAUAUGAUAUACGAACAAGCCAAGUGGCAAUUGCUUGCCGAAGAACUCGACUGCACCGAGGAGGAGAUGCUUAUGUUUGCAGCCCUGCAGGUUCAAGUGAACCUCCAGGCGAGCGUGCCGCAGCCAAAUUUUGACAGCAACGGAUCCGCAAGCCCCGUAGAGGACGACAUAGACGCCGCGCUCACAGACCUUCAGGUCACCUUGGAGGGGAGCAGCAUCGGCAACAGUCCGAGUGACAUUACUCAGGUUCCGGAGCUUUGCGACUAUCUCCGCUUCCUAAAACCAAAACGAUUCACUCUCAAGGCGUUUAAACGCUACUGGUUCACAUGCAGAGACCUUCAGCUGAGGUUGUACAAGACUAAGGAAGAAUUGAACGGAUCUGGAUCACCUGUUCACAGCAUUAAUCUUCGCGGAUGCGAAGUCACGCCUGACGUUAACCUUUCGCAAGGUCGGUACGGAAUCAGACUCGAAGUACCCAGUGCUGAGGGCAUGACGGAAAUGUGGAUUAGGUGUGACACGGAGCAACAAUAUGCAAAGUGGAUGGCAGCCUGCAGAUUAGCUGCAAAGGGACGCAGCUUGGCUGACGCUACGUACGAAACUGAGGUCAACAGUAUAAUGGCGUUUUUGCAACUUCAAAGACCUGCUCCUGCUCCAGCAAUCAAUCCGAGUUCUUUAGAUAUCAAUCCAGAAGAUUAUGUAGCUCCAAGAUUUGCGAAGAAGCUAAAGGGCAAGUUGGUUCAGAGAAUAUUGGAGGCUCACACCAACGUCAAAGACUUGCCACUCAUCGAGGCUAAAUUGAACUACAUCAAGGCGUGGCAGUCACUUCCAGACUAUGGCAUAUCUUUGUUCAUAGUCAAGUUUAUGGACAAAAGCAAGGAAGAACUUCUCGGCGUUGCGAACAAUAGGCUUAUGAGGAUGGAGCUGAGCAGCGGGGAUCAUCUCAGAACAUGGAGAUACAAUACCAUGAAGGCAUGGAACGUUAACUGGGAAGUCAAGCACAUGAUGGUACAGUUCGAGGAAGGUAAUGUCAUAUUCGAAUGUCAUUCAGCCGACUGUAAGGUUGUUCACGAGUUCAUCGGGGGCUACAUAUUCCUCUCAAUGCGUUCUAAAGAGGCUAAUCAAACCCUGAAUGAGGAAUUGUUCCACAAACUGACAGGAGGAUGGGUAUAAGCCCACUGAGAUACCUCAUUUAUUUAUUUGCAGUGCGGCAAUUUUCUUGUUUCGUUAAAAUUUCCUUCCCUCAGUCACAUCAGAUACUAUAUUUUGAAGGGAGCAGAAAUCGAAGUGAAAUUUUGUUUUACCGAUAUAUUAUACAUAUUACAUUAUUCAUUAUGUAUGAAUUGUAAAGGAUUAACCAAUCUAUAGUGAAGCUUUUACUAAGAGAUUGUUAUUUCCCAUUAUUAUUAUUAUUAUUGUUGUUUUUAUUAUUAUAGUCAUUUCUAUUUUCUUUUCGAGAAGAAUCUAAAUUAAACUCAAUUCGUGGAACAAAAGUUGUGUGUUUGUGUGGCUGUGUGUGUGCGCCUGGACGUGUAAAAAAUCGUGCGCGCGCGUGUAUGUGUGUGUGUGCAUGCGGUUUAAAUCAUAAUUUUGAAAAUAAAAAUGUUGACAAUGAAUAGUUUCAAACUAAAACCCAAGUUGGUCAAAUUGUAAAUAUGUUGAACAGGCAUGAUGUGAAUUUUAUCCAAUAUCUUGUAGUUUGGCUACUGAAGAAGAACGUUUGUCACCCAGCCUUUAGCCUCGGAGUAGAAACAGACAAACAUAGCGAGUGAGAGGGUGAGGGAGAGAGAGACAGCAGUAGUUGGAAUUUGAGCAUUUACUCUGGAGAAUUAUUCCAGUAUAUUUUGUACAAUAUUGCACACGAAUUACUAGAAUCUGGGAUGAAAAAAAGUGAAUGAAUUGUCCCAUAUCCCUUAUUUUCACGAAGCUUCAUUUAAUUAUGUCGUAUCUAUAGUUAUAAAAUAUAUUUAGAAAUAUCUCGUUUACACAAACCUUUCUUUUAUCGUAUAAUAACAUCUAUAAUAACAUAGUAACACCAUAUGUUAUAUUUAUAUUAUAUAAACAAAUGGAUAUAUAAAUAUAAAUAUAAAUAUAAAUAUAAAUAUGAACAUAAAUAUCGUUUGUUGAUCAAUAUGAAUUUAUCAUAUGGGUCGGGAAUUACACAUAAUAGUGAUCGCUGAUAACUAUGUUUCGAAGGCAAAUGUUAGCAGCGGUAAUUGUAUGAUUCUUACACAUUUCUUGCAAUUUCUAAACCGACGUUUAAUAUUUACACAAGCGUUUUGAUUAAUGUAUAACUUGUAAGCUUGUUAAAUAGAUAAUGUAUUUUGAAAGUAUUCUUAACUAAAAAUAUUGAACAUGCAUACUAAGAGAACAAAUACGCGGAAGUAUUACAAAGUUUUAUGUGCCUUUAGUAAUGCAAAUAGUGAUAUGACAUGUAUGCUUUACAUUUUGUACGAUAAUUUGGGAGGUGUUAAAUUCGAUAUCUGCUA